CCUGCGUCCGGGUGCGACCAUGACAGGGUUGGGAAUGUCCUCUUCGGCUCUCACAGCUCUUGGGACCCCUAAGGAGGGGAGCCUCUGGAACCGGUUCCUCAUGCAGCUCAGGCGUGCCUCUGAUAGUUGAAAUGUUUUCGCCCUCACCUUUCGUUAGGUCUGGUCCGCUCCGCUUCUGCCUCUCCUUUCCCCGCCCCCCACCGGGGAAUCCUCAGGCCCCUAGCCUGUCCGCUAACCCCAGACAAGUCUCAGUUGCCUUACCCGCCAUUUAGGUAGUGCCCAGUGUUUAUCUGCUUGUAGUGUCGCGGUAGCUGUGACUCUCUAGGUCCCCAAUUCAAACACACAAAGAGCCUCGUUUUUUUGACGCUUGCUUUUUCUGACACCCUUUGUUGAAGGAGCUUCCCGAUGCUCUCAGCAAUGAAGUCAAGGCCACCAGACAGGUCUUCUUUACUUCUGAGCAUCUCCAUCUAAUUAUCUGCCUUUCAUGGUUUGGUUUCUUGAGGAUAGGACCAGAUUAUGGGCAACAGUUCUUUUAAUUAAUCUGUCAUCAUCAUGGCUAAUGAGGACUGUCCCAAGGCUGGUGAUAGUCCUUUUUCAUCGGAUAAACAUGCCCAACUCAUCUUGGCCCAGAUCAAUAAAAUGAGGAAUGGAGAGCAUUUCUGUGAUGUGCAGCUGCAAGUUGGGAAGGAAACUUUUAAAGUUCAUCGGCUGGUGUUGGCUGCCAGUAGCCCUUACUUUGCAGCUUUGUUUACUGGAGGAAUGAAAGAGUCCUCAAAAGAUGUUGUACAGAUUCUAGGAAUUGAAGCUGGAAUCUUUCAAAUACUUCUAGAUUUCAUAUAUACAGGUAUAGUGAACAUAGGCGUGAAUAAUGUCCAGGAGUUGAUUGUUGCAGCAGACAUGCUACAGUUGACUGAAGUUGUUAAUCUUUGCUGUGAAUUUCUGAAAGGACAAAUUGAUCCACUGAACUGCAUUGGGAUCUUUCAGUUCUCUGAGCAAAUUGCCUGCCAUGAUCUUUUGGAAUUCACAGAAAACUACAUUCAUGUCCAUUUCUUGGAGGUUCAUAGUGGGGAAGAGUUCCUGGCACUUACAAAAGAUCAACUGAUCAAAAUUUUGCGAAGCGAAGAGCUUAGUAUUGAGGAUGAAUAUCAGGUCUUCUUAGCUGCAAUGCAAUGGAUUCUGAAGGAUCUGGGAAAAAGAAGAAAAUAUGUGGUGGAAGUGCUAGAACCAAUUCGAUUCCCUUUAUUACCUCCUCAGAGGCUUUUAAAGUAUAUUGAAGGAGUGUCCGAUUUCAAUCUUCGUGUUGCGUUGCAAACACUUUUGAAAGAGUACUGUGAGGUGUGCAAAUCUUCCAAAGAGAACAAAUUUUGUAAUUUUCUUCAGACAUCUAAGGUUCGACCUCGGAAGAAAGCAAGAAAGUACCUGUAUGCAGUAGGUGAGAAGGAUUCAAUGAUUUUUGACUGCACUGAAUGCUAUGAUCCGGUUACUAAACAGUGGACAACUGUAGCUUCAAUGAAUCACCCCCGCUGUGGCUUGGGAGUGUGUGUGUGUUAUGGGGCUAUCUAUGCUUUGGGUGGAUGGGUUGGAGCUGAGAUAGGGAACACCAUUGAACGAUUUGAUCCUGAUGAAAAUAAAUGGGAAGUAGUUGGCAACAUGGCUAUGUCACGCUACUACUUUGGGUGUUGUGAAAUGCAAGGUUUAAUUUACGUAAUUGGGGGCAUCAGCAAUGAAGGAAUAGAGCUUCGUUCUUUUGAAGUAUAUGAUCCACUUUCUAAGCGUUGGUCUCCACUUCCUCCAAUGGGAACCAGGAGAGCAUAUCUUGGAGUGGCUGCACUUAAUGAUUGUAUCUAUUCUGUUGGAGGAUGGAAUGAGACACAAGAUGCCCUUCAUACAGUAGAAAAAUAUUCCUUCGAAGAGGAAAAGUGGGUUGAAGUUGCUUCGAUGAAAGUGCCUAGAGCAGGCAUGUGUGUUGUGGCAGUUAAUGGGCUUCUGUAUGUUUCUGGAGGUCGAUCUUCCAGCCAUGAUUUCUUGGCCCCAGGUACCUUGGACUCUGUUGAAGUUUAUAACCCUCAUUCAGAUACAUGGACAGAAAUCGGUAACAUGAUCACCAGUCGUUGUGAAGGUGGUGUUGCUGUACUAUGAAAUAUAAAGCAUAAGGGAGCACAAGAAACAUUUUGAAAAUAAAAUGUUUGCAAAUCACAUAUGUAUUUGGUGAUAGGACCCUCUGAUUCUGUUGAGUUUUCCAUGUAUUUGAUAGGUUAGAUGACUAAAGAAUGAUUUUUCUAAGAAUUUGAGUGAGAGGAGAUAUGGAACAUAUCCUAAAUUAAUAAAGAACUCACACAAAUUUGUUAAGCUUACCAACAGCAAUGCUGUUUUUGCUCUAGAAUUUUCCCCUAAGGGAAGAGUCCUAAUUGUAAAAAUGAUUUGCUAGAAGCUUCUUGGCUAAUAGCCCCUUUAGCUGUUUCUCCGGGGCAAACCAAGCUGUAACAUGACCCUUAUGUGAUAUAAGAAUUUUAGUGAGACAGUUUAAAGAUGUCUGUACAUUCAUGAUUCAGUCUAUAGCACAAUUUUCCAUGGCCAUAGUUGAACCUACAGAGAAAAGCCAAUGAAACAACUCCCUACUUUCAUUUGAUGCCAGGAGUUUUCAAUAGCCCCAGACUUUUUAUUAGCAGCAGAUACACUGGGAGGGACAUGUGGGAAAUAUCUAGCUAUCUGUAUAGAUGUUUAUAUAGAUUGAUACAUUUUUGCCUAUUGUUCACAGGGUUAAAAAAGCUUUUGUUCACUUAUAUUUUUUGUCUUAAUGCUGAAAAUGCAAGUGAGGAAUUACUAGGAGGUUCUUAGUGAUAGUCCAUUAGUGCUAUUGGAUAAUAUAAUGGGUAACAGAGCCUAGUGGGAGGUUAACACCUAUUUUCUAAAUAGUUCUUAGUUUGGCUUUGGGAAGAGGGAAUUUUAUUACACCAUCAACCUUGGUAAAGCUUACUUGUACUUGAGCAAGCCUAAGUAUGAACUUAGUACAAAGCCUACUGCCUGGCUUGGAAAAAGUGGAAUUGUAGGUACCUAUGAAGCUUUUAUAGACAUUGUCAAGUUAAAGGACUCUGAUCCAAAACUGCUUCUCAGAACUUUUCAUUUUUCACCUGAGAAACAUUCUAAAGAAUGUUUUCUGUCCAGUUCUGAGGAACAUUCUUUGUGUACAUGAUCAUUAUUUUAUUUAUUUCCACUAGUCGUUUGGAACCAUACAUGUUAAAGGUCUUGCAUACAUUUACGUUUACCUAGUGAUUCCAGGAUUUGAUUUGUAUAUCCCUGAUUUCCCUUUUUCUUUACUAAAGUUCUUCAGGGUAUUGUUAACAGGGAUCAGCAGCUUAUUUAGAUACACAAUCUUUGGUAAGCAUUAAAGACUCAGCACUCAUAUCCAAAAUAUUUGGAUUGGCCCACAAGGAUACUUUCUUCCAUAACUUAACCAUAUGCAUGUAUUAAGAAAAGCCCAAGUAGUGCUGACACAAAGCUCUGUGUCCCUUUCUUUGGGGUAUCCUGAAAGUCUGAAGUGUCAUAGAUGCUUGGCUGAGAUCUAUAAAAUGUCAAGGAAUGAAGUAUCAAGAUCAUUUGUAAAUUAUUGAAGCUCUAAUUUAUGUGCCUUUAAUAUUUCUAGUUAUAGAAAAUCUGCAUUCUGGUUCAAAAGAGAUUUAAAAAAUACUACUGUAAUUUAGUUCUCAUUAUUGCCUGGUGCCAAACUAAAAUGGCACUGUGAGGGAGGCAUUUUGUAUUGUGGUGGCAGAAACCUGUCAAGACAAUCCAUGUUUGGGCUUAACAGGUCCAGACAAUCUCUGUAAAUAGCUAAUUGUAAAAAUGCUUAUUAUUUUUUGGGUAAUGACACUGUUUUAAAAAUAAUGUACUAAUAAAGUAUGUUGAUUUUUG